AUGGAAAAUGGUAACCACUCACUAACACAGAUUUUACUUAAUGCAAGAGUGAACCCAAAUUUUAGAGAGAGAUGCGGUGCAACACCUUUAACACUUGCAGUGUUAAAAGGGGAUGAAAAAAUGGUAAAACUUCUCAUAGAUAAUUUUUCCAUUUGUGAAGACAACUAUUUUUCAUCAGUACCAGGGCCUAGGCAGAUUGCUUCUAAGCUGGGGUUUGAAAACAUUGUUACCAUUAUUGACGACUUCCUGGCCAAUGAAAACCAAACAGAUCUUGAAGUCUGGGAAGUUACCUCUCAUAGCCCAAAUGAACCACUUGUCGUGCUUAAUGAUGAAACUGCUGUUGAGACAAAUAAACUCGGUUACUACAGUAGGAAUAUAACGAACUGUAAAACCAUAAUCGUUGGCGAUCAAGGCACAAAAAAGAUGAUUAGAAGUGUUAAAAAUAAAUCUCAAUCCACUUAUAGUUGGGCAGCAGAUGUCCCUGGAGACAUGCAUACUAGAGGUACAGUACAUGUACUUUGUCUGAUACUAUUAAUUUUCAGACCUUUGUUUCUAA